AUGCCUCCUCCUCUUGCUUCCCGCAAUCUCCUCAUCUGCUUCGAUGCCUUCGGCACACUCUUCACGCCGAAACUCCCCAUUGCGAAACAAUAUGGAAAUGUCGCGAGAAGUUUUGGUUUGACGGGGUCUUUUACGGAUGAGGAUGUUGGGAGGGCUUUUAAAGUUGCUUUUAAGAAUGAGACGAAGCGGAAUCCGAAUUAUGGGAAGAUGAAUGGAUUGGAUCCGGAGAUGUGGUGGAGUAGGAUUAUAACAAAUACUUUCAAGCCUCUCAUUCCUGAAGAUCAGAGUGUACCACAAGCCAUGGUGACCAAACUCCUUCACCGCUUCUGGUGCGAUGAGGGCUAUACUCUCUUUCCCGAUGUUCCUCCACUGAUUAGGAAGCUACGCGAAGCGCACCACGCAAGAGAAGAAGAUAGAUGUACGCGAGUGAUGAUAGGCGUCAUCACCAAUUCGGAUAAUCGAGUGCCAGAUGUCUUGUCGUCUUUGGGGUUGACAGUGAGUUCACUGCGAUAUGGCAACCAUAAUGCGUUCGCUGCUGCCUCGAAAGAUCAUCAGGAGUAUGAUGUUGAUUUCUCGGUCAUGUCAUAUGAUGUUGGACACGAGAAGCCUGAUCAGCGUAUCUUUCAAGCUGCGGAGGAGGUACUGAGUGUUGCAUUGGAUGAUGGAAAACACGACGCGGGUGAAUGGCGAAAAGUGUAUGUUGGUGAUGAGUUUGACAAAGAUGUCGUCGGUGCUCUGAGUGCAGGCUGGAAAGCAGUCUUGAUCGAUCGCGAAACUACUGGCCCGCGGGAUGACCUGAAGUGGCUAGAUGAUGAGCCAGUCGGAAGUCUAUACGAGGUGUUCGAUAGUGCGAAGGCCGUGGGGUUCAGCAGUCUGGACAAGCUAGGCCAGUGGUUGCCAACGAGGUCUUGAGCUCCGACACUACGAUGAGAUUCGCAAAUGACCAACAUGAUGAACAUCGAAGUCAUAAGCAGGAAGGAACUUGAUUGCUGAGCGAAGCGGACAAAGCUGCUCAUGUAGCCGUCAUACAACGCAAUGCCAGGAUAUCGGCGAGCUUAAGCUGGUUCUUC